UGAUCGCAGUCUUGCAGCGCGCCCCCAAGACCUGCAGACCACCGUGUCUGAACACCUACAACAAGCGCUUUUAAAGAGACAGCACCGGCUCACUAAGACAUCAUGGCGGACUCCAGCUUCAACAACAUGACAUCCCUUGCCCGGGCUCUGUCACAGGCGUCUCUAGACGCGGCAGAAGUGAACGAUAUUGUUCCUCCGAGAAGUCUUCAGCUGCAUCCAUGCCGAAGGAGAAAGUUAUCGAGCUGUAACUCGUUUGAGAACCUAGAACCGCUGAGUUCACCUUCCUCCUUGGAGGCACGAGUCCUGGUCAUCAACACCGGAGGAACCAUCGGGAUGACACUUCAUGAUAACGUGCUUGCUCCAAAGGCUAAUGCUUUUGUGCAGGGCCUGCGCAGGUUGCCUAUCCUCCAUGAUGAGGUGUAUGCCCAGCAGACCAGCCUGUAUCAAUACUACGGAUCAGAGAACAGCCUGGUCCUGCCGAAGCCAACGCCCCAUUCUGGUCCUCUAUUUCACGGGCUGAGUAAAGGCAAUAAGAGGAUAGUUUACACUGUUUUGGAGUAUUGCCCUCUGCUGGACUCCUCCAAUAUGACCACAGAAGACUGGGGGAGGAUUGGAAAGGACAUUGAGAAAAACUAUGAAAAUUACGAUGGCUUUGUGAUCCUCCACGGCACAGACACUAUGGCUUACACUGCCUCUGCCCUCUCCUUCAUGUGUGAACAUUUGGGCAAACCAAUCAUUCUCACUGGAUCACAGGUGCCGAUCUAUGAGCUGAGGAAUGAUGGCAGAGACAACCUGCUGGGGGCGCUGCUGAUUGCAGGCCAGUUUGUCAUUCCUGAGGUGUGUCUAUAUUUUUACAACAAACUCUACAGAGGGAACCGUUCCACCAAGGUGGAUACUGGAAGUUUCAAUGCGUUCUCCUCUCCUAACUUGGCCCCGCUGGUCACUUGUGAAGUGGACAUCACAAUUAACUGGGAUACAGUGUGGAGGGCGAACACCACGGCAAAGUUUCAAGUCAGCACCGAGCUGAACAGGAACGUGGGGCUGCUCCGGCUCUUCCCAGGAAUCACUGCUGCUACUGUGAGGGCUUUCCUGCAGCCGCCCAUGGAGGGUGUUGUCCUGGAGACCUAUGGCAGUGGGAAUGCCCCCGAUAACCGUCCUGACCUGCUGGAGGAGCUGAAGAAAGCCACAGACAGUGGUGUCAUCAUCAUCAACUGCACCCAGUGUCUGAGGGGGACCGUGUCUACGUCUUACAACACUGGCAAGGUGUUGAUGGAUGCCGGGCUGAUACCUGGUUGUGACUUGACUCCAGAGGCUGCCCUGUCAAAGCUGUCCUAUGUAUUGGCAAAGAAAGACUUAAAUCUUGAUGCCAAGAAAAAGAUGAUGGCUCAGAACCUGCGGGGGGAGAUGACUUGUGACUUAGCAGGAGCCAAGCUUUGUUUGAGUGACAGCCGUUUCAUCCAGGUCAUCGCCAAGUCCCUGAGCGUCAGCUGCAAGGAGGAGCUGGAAGCCAUCCGGGAUGCCCUGGCCCCCCCGCUGGCCUGUGCUGCUGCUAAGAUCGGAGACAUUGAGGCCUUAGAAGCACUAAUGGAAAUGGGCUGUAACUUGUGCCUGAGUGACUAUGAUGGACGAACACCCCUACAUGUUGCUGCCUGCGAAGGCCACCUCAAACUGGUGGAGUACCUACUGAGUCAUGGAGCCACAGUCUAUGCUAAAGAUCGCUACGGGGACACACCCCUAUGUAAUGCUGUUCGCUUCAGGCACAAAGAUGUUGUGAAGCUGCUGAGAAAGACCGGAGCCCACUUCUCCAGAGACGAGUUGGAGGAAGCAGGAACAGAACUGUGCAGCCUGGCAGCCAGCGGUGACCUGGAGGGCCUGGAGAUCUGGAGCCUUGCUGGAGUCGAUCUGAGUAAACCAGGCUAUGACGGACAGACGGCGAUCCGAGUGGCCCAGGCUGUUGGCAAUAAGGAAGUGGUAGCAUUUUUAGUCCAAGCCAUGAGCAAAAAAGCCAAGACAGUAUUUGGUGAAUUUAAUGAGUAUGAUGAAUAUGAUGAUGAUGAUGAUGACGAGAGUGGAGUGAUCAAGUUCACAGCCCCCCCGUCAGGCCCGUGAGCUGAUGCUAUCUCAACCUGCAGGACCCGUCCUCUGACGCCAUCCACUUCCUGCCAAGCCGUCCUCGACACACCGUCCUGUUGAAUUUCAGAGUUUCUCUCACAUGGAAUGCUAAGAUUUUUAUAAU